UUUGGUCAGUCUUGUUCGAAGUUCGCGGCGUUCGGUUGUUUGGCUGCUUUUUAAAGAGCGGCGCGCGCGUUUUAAUUUUCCACUACUUCUCCUCCGCUCGAAUAAUAGUUCAAAAUGCAAAACACGCGAAAUAAGCAGGGGAAAUAAUAGAAACCAAUAAAAAACUACGAGAAAAACUAAACGACAGAGAUUAAAAACGCCCACGCAAAAUAGCACACAAAAAUACAACAAGCACUCAAGCUCAAUUCUCGAAAGUUAGUGGGAAAAAGCCACCAUGGAACGCCGCCAAGCCCUAGACUCAUCGAUGUCUUCGCUCUACUCGGUCGCCUCCUCCUCGAACCCAAAUGCGAACCCGAAUCCCAAUCCCCGUCUUCAACUUCAAACGCAGCAAUCUCAGCAGUCGCAGCUAGACGCCUUCAAUUAUUCAGCAACAAUGUCAUCAUCGUCGCCGACUCCGAGUCAGGCCAUGUCCACAGCCAUGUCCACGGGAACGGGAACGGGCACCACCCACAUCACUCCACCAACCUCCUCGACCACCUCCUCAUCCCUCAGAGCCACCACCAUCGGCACCGUUGUCGUCCGCUGCGGACCCAUCCAGCUGGUGAUAGCGCUCCUACAAAGUCCUGAAAAGAUCUACAUCAAAGUGGUGGAACUGGAGCCAAAAAUCACAGCUCUUGGCGAGAAUCUGGAUGAAUCGGUGCGCAUGCAAAGGGAGCACGAUGAGACGCUCCGCAAUUUACAGAGCCUCCCCGGACCCAUGGACGAGUUCGUCCAGAAGGCAGACAAACUGCUGGCCAGCAAGAGGAUUAGUUCGGAACUCGUCAACGCCAUGGCGGAUACACUCAACAUCAUUUGGCAGGAUAUCCUGAAUCUCCUGCAGGAUCGUCAGCAUCUACUGAUACUCUGCACACAGUUUCACGACAAGAUGACGCAGUGCUUUAGGAAGAUGGAUCAACUGGAAUUGGCCUGCGAGGAGAUCCUACAUCCUCCUGAUGUUCCUCGUGUUCAGGAGUUCCUAAACAGAUUCAAGCAACUCAGGAUAGAUAUGCUAACUGGAGUGAUGGCUGCUUUGAAAGAUGGUAAUGAGCUGCUGGCUCAACUGGAGGAGUUGGAAAAGCUGGAGACCCUCGAUACAAGACCAGAACACAUUAAACGCGAUGCCACGAGGGCGGUUCAUCAGGUUCAGCAGUGGUUGGAGGCCCUGCAUGAUAGGAGGAAUUCUUUAGAACUCGCCUGGCAGACGAGGAAGACCCAAAUGGAACAGUGCCUGGCAUUGGCUUUGCUGGGCAGGGAACUAGUCGAUCUGGAGGCAGCCCUUCAACAGGCCCGAAUGGAACUGAAUACGAUGUACAGUUUGGGUGAAUGUGAGCACACUGCCAAUGAAAUGCUGACCAAGUACAGGGAAUGGAAACAACAGGCCUUAGUCCUGCGAGAUCGAGCUCUCAAGAUCACGAGGGCUAAAGAAAAAGUGCAAUCCGCUGGUCAUUUCACCGAGGAUGAGGCAUGUGCUCGUGCCUACGCCGUUUUAAGUGGCUGCACGGAGCACUUGGAUCUGGUGGAUCAGCGGGAACACUGGCUUCAUCAAUCCAGGGAGUUCUUUGCCAAGGCCGAGCACACUUUGAGUGUCCUUGAGAAACUGGAAUUGGAGCUUACGAGCGUUAAACUGCCACCUCAUUCCCCCGAGAGCUAUGCCAUGUACUCCAAAGUGGACAGAGAUGUUCGCCAGUUCACCGAGGAACCUUUGCGUUUGGGGUAUGGCAUCCUCGACGAAGUGGGAAGGACUCAAUCGGAGACUCAGGGAGUGAAGAGAGUUCUGGAUGAACUGGAGAACCGAAAGGUUUAUAUCCAGGGUAUAUGCGCUCACAGCAGCGAGGAUCAGCAGAAGGUUCAGCGUGCUUUGAGUGAAUUCCUCACCCAUCACAACGAGCUUUUGGCCUGGCUAAGAGCCUCGGGCCAACUGCAAUUGCAGCAGAGCGUGGAUAUGGGCAGAAAUCUACAGCAGGCCAAGCAGUUCCUUCUCCAGCACCACGAACUCAUGCAGGAUCUAGAGAUAAAAGGCGAACUGAUCAACCUGCUGCUGGAAUCCAUCAAGGUUCAUCUGGAGUCCCUGAGUCCACAGGAGCGCUACGAUGUGGACUCCAAGGCGGAAUCCCUGCACAAGCACUGGAUCGAACUAAAGGAUCUGGUACUGAAGCGAGUGGACUACGUUUCCCUGCUGAUAGAUUUCUUCGAGCUGGCCAACGAGCUCUCCAGCCAACUGGACAACAUGCAGCGCCAAUUGCAGCAGACUCCCGAUGAACACAAACUGCAGUUCCUUCAGGCCACUUGGACGGGAAUUGCAACCACCUUUGGCGAACUGAAGUCCCGCGGACAGCGAUUCAUCAACUUGAAAAUUGUGGAUCCAUAUCUCGAGACCAAAUCCUCGGCACAGGCGGUGCAAGAGACGCUGAACGACUUCAGUAAGCGGCAGGUCGACGUGACGAGCAGUUUGGAGAAUUGGACAACGAGCAUUGCGGAGAAGCGAGAAGUCGAAUAUCUACUCGAGAAAGUCAUGAGCGACAACGAGGAGACCGUGGCCAAGAGCACCCAGGUGGACACCCAGUUGUAUCCCGUCUUCACCUCGCAGAGCGUGGACUCCAAACAACUCCUGAUCAGCACCCGCGAGAAGCUGACCCACGUGACCCAGGACAUCGAGAGGGCCCAGGAUGAGAUACAGCAGCGCAUUCAGACGACCCUCAGCAUCCAAACUAAAGAUCAACCAUCGCUGGCCAAGAUCGAGCAGGUGAUCAACAACCUGCGCAUGCUGAAGGCCAAACUAGAUGGCAUCAAGUACGAUUACCGCACUUUGGUCGAGAGUGUGGUGCAAUUUCUGGAGAAUAUAGUGCAGCUGCGACGCGAAAUCGACGACUACUUCGCCAGGCAGCAGAAGGAACCACAACCCUCUUCCGGUGGUGCAGAUCGCAGCAUUGCAGAGCACGAGAAAUUCCGCGAUCAGUGCAUGGAUAAAUUUAGAUCGUUAAUCACACAAUCCGAACUGCUGAUCGAUCGGGUGAGAGUACUGGAACCGCCGGGAGCCCGCGAAAUCGACACCGAUCGCAUCCUAAAGUUGCUUGAGAACCUGCGCCUUCACUUCGAAUCGAACAGCAGUGCCCGCAUGUCCACGCUGGAGCGUCUGGAGAAGAUCGAGCAGUUCCGCUCCGAUCUGGAGGACAUCGAUCGCAGCCUGGACAGCGUUAGUCAGCAGCUCCACGAGAUCAACAACCAGAGCGUCGAUAGUCUGGCGGCCGCAAAAACCACGUCGCUGGCGUUCGAGUAUUUUGAACGGACCAUAGAGCUCCUAGAGAAGCGGAUCGAGAAGUUUACGGAGUCCACGAGCCAGCAGCUUUUGAUUAGCAAUCCCGAGAGCGAGCGGUACGUCAAGGACGAACUGCGCAAACUCAACGACAAAUGGCAGGGCUUCAAGGAUCAGGUGAAGCAGAAACGAAAGAGCCUCAACCAGGCAACCGAAUUCUUCGAGGUGGUCGAAAAGAUCGACGCAGAGUACCGAGAGAUAAGCUACUUCUACACCAGCGUCUCCAACAAGGUUCCCUAUCUCCGUGAUUCCGUGGAGGCAGGAAAUCUGGUCAACGAUAUCGAGAACUAUGUGACCAGUCGGGAAGCUGCACUCAGAUCCAAGUUGGACAGUGCCUCGCAAUGUGCCCAUGAUAUGAACAAGGUCUCCACCCUCUACAACGACGUGAUGAACAUCUUCCAGUCCUUCAUCAAGCUCAAGAUGGACAUAAAUGUGGUGGCGGAGAGGCUGAAGCAGGAGCAGCGCCAAAAGGAGCAAAGGGAGAGGGAGGCUCGCGAUCAGGCGGAAAGGGAGAAGACUUUGCGGGAGGCGGAGGCCAAGGAAAGGUUGUUCCGGGAGGAGCAAUCCCGCCUGGAGAACCAGCGACAGCAGGCGGCCAUCGAGCAGGCUCAAAGGGAACUGGCUGCCAGGGAGUUGGCUCUCAGGGAGCAGGCUGUCCGGGAAGAGGAGGCCAGGCUGCAAUCCAUCAGAGAACAGGCCACGCGGGAGCAGCUGGCCAGGGAACAGGCGGCCAGGGAGGAGGAGCUGCGCAUUCAAUCCCUCAGAGAAAUUGCACGCCGGGAAGAGGAAGUGCGUCUGCAGAGCAAGAGGGAUGAGGAGAUUCGCAUUCGCCGCGAGGAGGAGGAGCGAUUCCGCAGGGAAAAUGAAUCCCGAUCCAAGCGAGAAGAGGAGGCACGCAUCCAGAGGGAGGAGAUCACCCGCCUGCAAACCCUUCGCGAUCAGGUGGAUCAACAGCGUUUGGUCACCGAAAACAUCCGCAAGGACAUCCAAGUCAACUCCAUUUUUACUGAACUGCGCUACGCUUCUCCCCUUUUCAUUCGUCCUUUAAAGGAUGCAGUGGCUCGGGAAGGAGAUCGCUUUGUCUUCGAAUGCGAAGUUACUGGCACCCCAGAACCCGCAGUCGAGUGGUUCAAGGAUGGCAUCAGCAUCCAGAAUAAUUCCGAUUAUAAAACCACUUUCGACAAGGGAAUCUGUAGACUGGUGAUUGAGGAAACCUUUACCGCAGAUUCAGCGAGAUUCAGUUGUCGUGCCUCGAAUUUGGUUGGUACUUGCGAUACAAAUGCCACUUUAUCAGUAAGGGAAAAUGCCGCCGAAGUCCAGUUGGUUCCACCUAAGAUCCUGAGAUUCCUGGAGAGCGGCAAGGCCACCGAGGGCAGUUCCUUCCAGUUCGCUUGUGUAGUUGCCGGAGUUCCUCUACCCACCGUUCAGUGGUUCAAGAACGACAAGUGCAUCGAUGAUUCGCCUGAUUAUGUGAUCAGCUACAAUAAUGGUGAAGCUACUUUGAAGUUCGAGGAGGUUUUCUUGGAGGACGAUGCUGUCUACACCUGCAGUGCUUCGAAUCCCGCGGGAAUUGAACAUUGUUCGGCCUCGCUGAUUGUGGAACCUUUGGAGCCAACUGAAUUGCCCAGCUUCAAGGUUCCCCUCUCGAAUGCCAUGGCUCGAGUGGGUCAGAAAAUCAAGCUGGAGGCCAUCGUGAGUGGAAUUCCCAGGCCAGAAGUCUAUUGGCUGCACAACGGCAAACCCUUCCAGCCGCGCGAUUCCAAGUACGAAUACGGCCGCGUAACGCUGAUAAUACCGCAGGCUUAUCCCAACGACGCCGGAUCCUACGUCCUGAGCGCCAAGAAUCUAGCUGGCGAGGCCUAUACCAGUUGCAACGUGAUAGUGAAGGGUCGCCUGCCCAACGAGACCUCAGAUUCCGAGAUGGCCAGCGAUAUAGAGCCCAUCAAGCCCACGGUUCAUCUGCCCCUGAAGGAUGUCUCCAUUUUCGAGGGUAAACCCGUGAGGUUGGACUGUGUAAUUGUGGGUCAACCCGAACCCGAGGUCAUUUGGUAUCACAACGACCGACCUGUCAAGGAAUCCGCCGAUGUUCAGUUGCUUUUCCAAGGUGAUAGAUGCUCGCUGAUUAUCCAAGAGGUCUACCAGGAAGACGCAGGUCACUACAAAGUGGUGGCCAUCAAUUCGGCGGGCGAGGCUUCUAGUAACUGUGAACUCAAGGUCACUCCUUUGAAUCAGGCGGAACCUGCCACUCGUGCCCAGGCGGAAAGGCAAUCCCUGCCAAAGGAUACGCAGCCCAAAUUCGAAAGGCUACUCUCGGAUGUCCUAGCAGACGAAGGUGAGCAGGUGGUCCUCGAAGUCCAGGCCAGUGGAGAUCAACCCCUGACCGCCCAGUGGUUCCUGACCAACAAGGAACUGCAGCUGGACCAAAGGAUCACUACACAAUCCGACUCUGAGCUGGGAAUCUUCAAGCUCAUCCUGAACAAUGUGAGUGGCGAUGACAAGGGCGUUUACACCGUCAAGGUCACCAAUCCAGCCGGAGAUGCCAAGUGCUUCUCCCAUUUGAUAGUGAAGUCCGUGAAUGCUCCUGAGAAUCGUAGAAGCAGUCAGUCGUCUGUGGAAAUUCUAGACCGUCAUCAGUGUCCCGAAUUCAAAGAACUCUUCAGUGACAAACAAGGGGAAAUCGAUGAGGUGAUCAAGUUCGAGUGCAUUGUCAAGGGCAAACCCACACCAAAGGUCCAUUGGUUCUUCAACGAUCAACCCGUUCAUGGUCACAACUUCCUGGUCUCGACAAGUGGAGAACGACAGGUGUUGACCAUCCAAAAGUUAACCCAUGACGCCGUGGGCAAAAUCAGUUGUGUGGCGGAGAAUGAGGCAGGAAAGGCGACCUGUGUGGCCUUCUUAAACAUCCUGGGAAAUGGACUGCCCGCCUCUAGUGAUGUUCAAACUAUGAGCCAGGAACACAAUACGGAAUCUUCGAGGGUGACGAUUAAAAAGCAAACCUUUACUACCACCUCCACCUCGCAGGUUAAUUCCUAUGAGGGAAACGCCCCACAAACCGAGGUUCAUCACUCCUCCGCUCACAUCGAUCAAUCGCUGAAGCAACUGGGCCAGCAAAGACCCGAGAUUGUGGAGAGUCAUCACUACCAGGAGUUGCACAAAUCCAAGGAGAUGAGCAGUCCCACCGUGCAGCAAAAGUCCUUUAACUUUAUCCAGUCCAGUUCAGCCAAUGGACAAUCCACCGUGGCCAUACCAGAUUCACCCACUCGACUGAGAAGGGAAAUUGCCCCAAGGUUCACCACUCCUCUGAGCGGAAAGAUCGUGGAUCAGGGAGCCGAUGUCAGCAUGGAGGCCAUUUACGAUGGCUUCCCUUCGCCCGAGAUCAAGGUGGAGAAGAACGGAGGUCAGCUGUUCGAGGAUGCCCAUACGAAGAUCUCCAACAAGUGCAAUCGCGUGACCAUCGAACUCAAACAGGUGGGCGUGGCCGAUGCGGGACGAUAUGCGGUGACCGCCUCCAAUACAGUGGGUCAGUCCACCAGCACAGCGGAUUUGGUUGUUAAAAAGACCAUUUUCCCGCCCGUCUUUGGCCGACGUCUGCAGGCUCAAGUCAGCAAAAAGGGCGAAAAGUUGAUCAUGGAGGUGGAGGUCACUGGGUUACCCGAACCCACGGUCACCUGGCUGAAGGAUGAGAAGCCUUUGAAGGAUGCUGGAAUCUCUGAGCAUCGCCUGCUGGCCCAAGGAAACUCUUACAGGCUAAUAAUCGAAAAGGCGCAAACCUCGGAUUCCGGCAAGUACAUGGUGCGUGCCACAAAUGCAGGCGGUGAGGCCAAGAGCAUCGCAGAUUGUGCCAUUCUGGAACCUUCACCGGAACGCAUGCAGGAGGUGGUCAAGACCAUUGUCUAUGAGACGGGUCCUUUGGCCCCGGCCAGCGAUUUCAAAACCGAAGUGCAGAAUCAAAAUCAAAGUCAAAACAGCGAACAGUCGUACAAGACUAGUCAGACCGAUGUGACCAGUGCCAAUGAUCUGCACGGUUUGUCCGAGUCGAAAGUGAUCACUGAGCAUCGUUGCACCACCGAGGCAACCAUGCGUCUAGAGCACAAAUCGAACUAUUUGGAUCUGCCCGAGCUGACUUCGCGUCCCAAGACACCGACCACAAACGAUACCAUCACCAUUACCUCGAACACUGCCACAGAUAGCUUGGAUCAGCCAGAUCAGACAUCGACCAUCAACACCACCAAAGUCCCACCGCCAGUGCCACCCAAACCCUGUACUCCAGUGGUGGCCACCACCUUUGGCCAACAGCAACAGCCACAGCAACCACCGCAGACGCUGACCAGCACCAGAUACGAGCAGAGCGAGCACAAGUCGAGCACCACCUCCUCCUCGUUUGACUACUUCAAGAAGAUCGAUGAGGAGACCGUCAUCCAGCGACCCAAUCCACUGACCUUCAAGCCCCUGGAGACUGUGGUGCGACAACCGCAGGCGCAAUCUCUUGCCGAGGAACUGAGGAGUCUCAACCUGAUACCAGGAGAUGCCCCCGAGUUCCUGUACUCACCGAAAACCGAAAAAAGCGAACCUAAGAUACCACUAAUCACCGAAAAGAUCAAGAUACUUUCCGAGGUCCAACCCAAGGAACCACCACCACAGGGUGGUGUACCCGUCUUCCCACCACCUCUGGGUCUCCAGACAGUGCAACACGAAACCACAAUGACUAAAGAGGUCAAAGUGGAGUAUGGACAACCUAUUGUAAGACCUGCAGCAGUGCUAGCCACUCCUGCCCAGCAGAAUCCACGUUCACCCUCACCCAAACCCUCCGCCGAAGGAGUGGCCAUGUCAAGGUUAUGGACACCCACUGGAGUGACUGGUUACUCGAGUGAUGUGGAGCAGAAAUCCUCAGAGAAGACAGUGAUCUCCAAGCUAGCCACACCAACGCCCACAAAGGAGCUAAAUGCACCCUUCCUGGUAAAUCAGAUAGUGAAGAGCAUUCCCCCAGCGACAACAACAGCUCCUGUAACGCACUUGGUGAAUGUGCAACUGGAACCGGGGACUCCACCAGAGAUUUGCUUUGCUCCCAAGGUGGAGGAGACACGUCGUCGUUCCUUGGUGGAGAGCAUGGAGCAGAAGCUAGAACAGAACUUGAUCCAGGGACCCAGUAAAGUGUUGCCCCACUCGGUGCCCACACUAACACCAACCACUGUACCAACGGUGCAAACAAAACCAUUGGGCAACACCACCUAUAGACCACCACCACCAGUUCUGCCCAACCGAUUGGGACUCUACGAAAGCGAUUACGAGAGUGAUCGGUACAAGUACAGUGGCAGUGAGUCGGAUGUGGAGCCCGGAAAUCGCAAUCAGCCACAGCAGACCACCAUGGAGACCUCCUUCAAGUCAAGUGGCUAUACAGCCGAUACAGAGGAGCAUUCGAGCUAUAAGAAAUCGGAGUCGAGUUAUUACGAAACCAAGUCAUCAUCGACGACAGGGGGUAAUGCCUUCCCCAAGUUGCAACCCGAACCACCGGCAGCGGUUUAUUUCACCCCAAAGGUGCCACAACCUCAGGUGGCACCACCUCAAUCGAAUUUUAGCAGCCAGGAGGCGAAGGACUACAAGUACACCUCCUCGAGUAUGACCAGUAACUACUCCCACAACAUGCAGAGCAGCAGCAGUUCCUCCCAUCAGGAGACCAAGUUCUCCUCGACGUCGGGAGCACCAGCAGUACCACCGGUGGUCACCUAUCCCAGUCCCAUUCCCGCCCAGCGGAAAACACCGGCGGCGGAGUUCAGUGACUACAGCAGUGAGAUCGAUGAGCGAUUCCGUUCCGUGUCUCGUGCCAAUGAAUCCGAUGCAGAGAUCAAGGGCUAUCGAGUGGUCUUCCCACCCACACCAACUCCACGCACAAACCUGGCAACCAAUGGUCACAAGUCACCGGUGGUGGUGAUUACUCCCUCACCCAUGGAAUUUGAACCUACUCCACAGGACUUGGGAGCUAGCCAGUAUAACAGGCCCAAGUUCGAACCGAUUGGCAAGGAGAUACGCCAUGAGAUCAAGACGGAGAGUAGUUCGAAGCAGUCCAAGUUUGUCCAGCAGCAGAGUCAGCCUGUCUUUAAACCCAAACCGGUGGCAGCCAAGUUUAUAGCGGCAACCCAACAGCAGCAGCAACCACAGGCCACCGCCCGUCCGACCAUGUACUACAAUGCUGUUGCUGGAGCUCCGAUGCACCUGGCCAAGGUGGCCACGGAAACCAAGAAUGUUAUGCAGAUGCACGAGUCCACGGAGAGUUCACAGCGCGUGGUGAAUAUGCAGCAGACCAAGAGGAUAAUACACUUUGAUAGUCCGCAGGAGCAGAGGGAUCAGCAGAUUGUCCUGGAACCCUUUCCCUAUAGUCCAGCCACAAGUCGUACUCCCUCGAGGCAAUCCCAUCUGCCACCUCCAGCCACUCCAACGAAAUUUGUGCCUGGGGAAUUCAGGGAGAGUGACUAUGAGAGUGAGAUUGAAGGAGGUCGCAUCCAACCGCUGUGGUCACCCUAUGGCGAUGGUUUGACCAAGGGUUUCAGGCGAGUGGCGCCACCUCAAGGAGGCAGUCGUUCCUGCAGUCUUCCUCGAACCUACGAGAGGGUACUAUCACCCAUGGAAUUCGAUCGGGGUCCCGAGAUGCCCAGCAAAAUCCACGUGGAUAUCAAUACCCUGAAGAAGGAGCAGCGAGGUGGCAGUACAGUGACCACCCAGCAUCGCACUCAAUCUCUGAACAGGAACUCCACGAUGAGACAACAGCAGAGGGAACAGCCACAGCAACAGCAACAGCAGUCCAUGGAUCAGAUUGAUAGGGCCGGAACUCUGCCCCGAUAUGGUUAUAGUAGCCUUCAACAGCAGGCCGAGAAUCAGGGUCGUCGAAUGGGUUCGACCUUCCUACAGAAAUCCCAUCAGUUUGUGGAUGACGUAAGCAGGGAAGUAAGGAGUUCGAAUUCGAAUGGUAUAUCAAUCCGACCGGGUUUCAAGAGGGCUCCCAGCGAAGGCAGCAGCCAGCAACCUCAGGCCUUCCGGGAUGAAUCGCGCAUCUCUCAAUAUGGAACCAAAUGCGUCGACCCCAAUACCGGUUUAAUAUAUUUCAAAUACGAUUUCGGCUAUGAGUUUGGCAUCCUUUUUCCCGGCGAGGGUCACAAGUUCGUCAGUAGCCAGUGGAACAGCAGUGGUAAGAGUAAUGCCCAGCCCAUCCAAAACGGACGUCACUCCCCAUAUCCCCUGAAAUUGCCACCCGGAAAUGAGCUGGUGAUUCCGGUUCAGCACGAGAGAUCCUCCUCGCAAGGAUAUAGUUCCGAUAACGAGGUGCAGCGAAGGAGUCAGGCCAGGAAUUGGUCGGCUUCAAGGCCAACGGCCCCGAGAACUGUAGUUAAUAGUCAGAAGCGCUACAGUCUGCCCAGCUGUCAUAGCCUCGAUAUCCACCUGGAUCGCCUCCAUGCCCAGGCACCUCGACUGCCUCCGGAUCAGAUGAUCCGCACAGUGCCGGAACUGCCCAAUACGGAACCCGUCAAUGCGCAUCUGAGUCGCGAUGAGCUGGCACAAAGGCAGCCAUUAUUCAUAACGCCGCUGAAAGACAUCGCAGUCGGAGUCGGAGGAACGGCGCGAUUCGAGUGCAUUGUGCAGGCGCAUCCGCAGCCGCAGGUCAACUGGACGCACAACGGCGGUCACCUGGAGUCGGGGAGCCGGCACUGCAUCGAGUACCGGAACGGCGUGUGCCGGCUGACACUGCCGCAGGCCUAUCCGGAUGACAACGGCAACUACGCCUGCACCGCCAUGAAUCCUUUGGGAGCGGCAACCACCAGCGGAAAUUUGACCGUUUCGAGCACAAACCGCGGAUUUAGAUACUAAGCUUGUUUAAAUGCAACUAUUAUUAUAAUUUGCUUUAUGAUUUGUUCAAUGCCAAAGUUUCGCCUUAUUGUGUGUGUGUGUAUUUACUGUGCCCCAUUGUUUUCUGGGCUGAUUUUAAAGAAACAUUCAGCCAAAAUACCCAUUAUACAUGCAUACAACAGAGGAAUAUAGUAUUACUUGUGUUUUUGUCGAAAAUGAAAUAAACCAAUAAUGAAACGAA